AUGUCUCUUAAACGUAAAUUGGUUACAUUUACAAUUGCUGAAAAGGUGAACAUUAUAAGUGAGGUGACGAAAAGUGGUAAACAGAAAAAUAAAAUUGCCAAGCAAUUUAAUAUUCCACCCAGUACACUAUCAACUAUUCUGAAAAAUAAAGACGAUAUUUUACAAAAAUACGAAACUAAUAAAGAGUCCAUGAAAAUAAUGAAGAUUUGUGAGUAUCCCGAUAUAGAGGUUAGUUUACUCAAUUGGCUUAUUCAAUAUAGAGAUUUAAACAUUCCAAUAAAUGGACCAAUUUUAAAGGAGAAGGCCGAACUUUUUGCUAUUAAACCCGACCAUAAACAAUUUAAAGCUAGUCAAGGUUGGUUAAGCAACUGGAAAAUUAGAAAUAACGUCGUUUUUCGUAAAAUAUGUGGUGAAAACGCUUCAGUUGACCAAUCGAUAUGUUCUGACUGGUUAAGGAGAGAACUGUGCGGGGGGGAAAACAGUAAAAAAAGAGUUACAAUUCUUUUAGGAUCAAAUAUGACUGGCACAGAUAAAAUUAAACCACUAUUAAUUGGAAAAUCGGCAAAACCUAGGUGUUUCAAAGGUAUUAAAACAUAUCCACUAGAUUAUGAAUCAAAUAAAAAAGCGUGGAUGACGAGGAAAAAAGUACUCUUCUUAAUUGUCAAUUGUACUGCUCACAAUGCAGAAAAGAAAUUCAAUUCUAUUAAAGUAGAAUUUCUUCCACCAAAUAAGACUUCACAACUUCAGUCAAUGGACCAAGGUAUAAUACAGAACUUUAAAAUAUUAUAUCGUAAAGAAGUUAUUCGCAAAAUAGUUAAUGAUAUCGAUGAAGGUAGAUCUUUUUCUAUAAACUUGUUACAAACUAUGCGAAUGUGUUAUAAAGCAUGGGAAAAUGUCAAGAAAAAUACAAUAGUUAAUUGUUUUAUUAAAUCUGGAAUUUCAACUAAGGAAAAAGAAAUCAAAUAUACUCAUUUAGAAAGCGACGAUGGAGGUUCCGAUUGGAAACUUAUAGUAGAUCACUAUAAAUUAAAACCAGAAAUUACAUUUCAUACAUUUACUGAAAUAGACACUAAGAUACAUACAACUCGAGUAUUAACUGAUCAAGACAUUGUAGACGCAGUGCAACCGACUACUAAAUCCGACUCAGACGAAGAUGAAGAGGAUGAAUAUCCAUUAGUUGUCUCUACAAAAGAAGCGAAAGCAUCACUUGAUAAAUUAAGAGUAGGUAUUCAUUGA